GGAAAAGAAUUAUUAAAGAAAUUUGAGAAAUGAGAAGUAAUUAUUUUUCCUACUUUUCUUUCAUUUCACCGAUUCCCAAAUAGGCAAAUUUGGGAUUCUUCCAUUUUCCUAAAGCAAAUUUUUUAUUAUUCAUUCCCCUUUUCCCCGAUUCUCUUCCGUUCUUAAACCAUCCUGAGUCAGGAAGAGCCACAGUCUCGAAUUUAUCAGAGAGGUCACCUUUGCCUCUCCCAAUCAGACAUGCAUUGAGUCCCCCCCUUAUUUCCUACAUUUUUUAUUUUGGUAAUUCUCCAUCUGAUAACAUUUUCCAUUGUUGAUGUUUUGGUUUUCAUGAUUUUCUUUUUCUUGUUGUUUGUAUUAAGUAUUGUUUUCUAAUAUUAUUAUCUGAUGGCUGAGAUGAUAACAUUUCAUGAUUAAUUGUCCUUCAGUUUCGUGAAUGGCUGAGAUGAUACUCUGUAGCUUGUAGGGUUGGAGACUGAAUUUGACUGUUACGGACUGAGGAAAAAGGGGGUUUUAUUCCAGAGGUUCUCAUGAUGUAUAUGCUGAGCUUCUUAGCUGAUGAUUGACCCCCUCGUCUACUAACAUAUGCUUUUGUCCUGGGUGGUGAGUGUUUUGAUGUGGUUUCCUUCAGCAAAAUGAAGAAUCUAGGCCGUGCUUAAGCUUCCAUAUCUAAGUUAAUCGAUCCAUGAUUUUUCAAAACCCCUUUUAUAAAUUUGGGCAUUGUUUUCAGAGAUAAAUUUCGGGUUGAUGGUCACCAACUAAUUGUGCUCAUUGAUGCAACUCGGAAGUAGUUGCUUGAAUUUUUGGUUAGUUUUCGGUGUUUGGUUUGGUUGUACAUAGUCCAAUGAAGGAAGACAAGAGACCGUUUGUGGUGGAGACCCAAGACCUGGAUUUGGUGGCUGGCAUUGAGGAACUUCAAUGUUCCGAAAUGGAUGUGGAAACAAGCGAGAUUGGUGUAUCAAUUGGAUCAGAAGGAGGAGCUUGUAGCUGUGGGGUUAAGAAACUUAAAUUUGGGCUUGCAACUUCUGAUUCAGACGUGAGGAAAGAUGAGAGUGCUGGGCAGGAAAAGAAGCCCAGUAGACAUGACAGGAUUGAGUUGGGGCGUAUGUUUCAGACUGCUGUUAGCUCUCAUAAUUGGGAACUCGCUGAGAAACUAAUCAUGUUUAGUAAUCCACAAACUCUCAAUGAUGCAUUAUGCAUUGCUCUGGAUUCGGUCUGGUUCUUGAGCACACACCAAGAGAUCUGUGGUAUAACAGCUUUAAUUAAGAAGAUCAUAUCAGAUGGUGCUUAUGACUUUACUCGAGCAGUUCUCCGUACUUCGUUUCUUGCUUCAUGUGUCUCUGCUUGUCAAAGUAGAACAAUGAGCCUCGGUGAUACUGUGAGUGUGAUGGCUCAAAGCAGGUUGCACGAGCGACUACAAGAAUGCAAUGGAGAUGAGAGUUUGAAAGCUGAAGCUGGAGCAAAGGUUCAGAAAUUCACUGAAUGGGCUCUUAACUGUAUAGGCUUCCAUUUGCGCUGCCAAGGAAAUGAGGAUACAGUAGGGUGCAACUCAGCCGCUGUUGUACAACUUCAGUUAUCUGCUUUUAAGACUUUUCUAGAUCUUGCUGGCAACAACCUUACUGGAAAGGACUUCACAGAAGCCUUUGAUGCAGCAUGCUUUCCUCUUACUCUCUUCUCUAUCUCAUCUGAUCCCCUUUGGUCAUCUGGUAUAUCGGCAACUGUUAUCCAUGGAUUGCUAGGGAUGUUGGUGGAGGGUGGUGCUGACAAUGUUAACCAGUGCUUUCUCGAAGCAUCACGUUUUGGAAGCACAGAGCUUGUUCGCAUUCUAUUGCAGAUUGCACAAAGGAACAGUUUGGACGUUGAUGUUGACCUGGCUUUGGGGUUCGCUUCACACUAUUGUAAAAUCGGAACGAUGGAAUGUCUAGUGGAGGAGGGGAAUGCCAUGGCAUUCUUGGGCCCACUGAUGAGGGCAGCUGAGAGGGGGUGCAUGCAGGUUGUUGAGUGGUUUGUGAAGAGGGGGUGUGGUGACAUGGAGCUCUGUCUAGCUCUGACGGCUGCUACAUCCAGCAGUCAGGUCAAAGCCGCAGCAUACCUCCUACCACACGUGCCACACACAGUUCUCGCUGCCCUUAGUAUUGAGAUUCUCAAGGCAGCAGGCGAACGAAGUGGUGGGUCCCUCAACGGUGUGGCAUUCCUCCUUCAAUCUGAUUUUCUUGGGGACUCCACCUCCACUUAUACUGUUGCAGACAGCAUAGCAAGGUCUGACGAUGACGGGUCCGUCACUCCUCAGCUAAGGGCCUUUCUUCGAGAGAAUUGGUCUGAGGAAGCCUUUGCAGAGGGACUGAAACAGGGAUGUGAACAUUACAUGAAUGUGGCAAGGAUCGUGAAAUGGGGCGAAUCUCCGAUUCGUUUGGCUGAUCUUCCGGGCCCACUUAGGGUCGCGAUAGCAUACCUGCCACUGUAUAGGGAGUGUGUUGAGGCGGGGGGUUGCCUGUUGUCACAGAGGCAGAGGGGACAAAUGUUGAGUGCAGCAGAGUGGCUUGAAGGUGUGAAGCUUGUUGAAGCAAACCCGGGAAGGAGAGAAUUGCUGGCUAUCUUGGAGCAUCAUAUUCCUCCAUUUUUGUUAAGCGAUGGCUAGAGAGUUUAGGUUUUAUGAUUGAUGCUGAUUGGAAGCAUCAUAAUAAAUGUCAAUAUCUCUGGGGUUGAAAAGUCUGUUAUAAAGCCCCAAGAAGAUGUGUCAAUUUCAUCUUGGGUCUAGUCUGGGUUGGGAGAUUUGUUUUAGGGUUUAAUGGGACUGGGCUUUCCUAUGCACCAUCUUCAAACUAUGCAGCAGAGGGAAGUUGAUACUGCAAGAGAGCUUGUAUAUUAUGUGCUUUCGUGGCAGUUUUUUUCCUCCUCAUUAUGGGUGGUACAUUGAUGAAAAUGCAUUAUUAUUUCUUGGAUACUUUGUGUAUACUGGUCGGGCAUCCUACCCGUUACUGUUAUUUGUUUUUGUUUUCUG